GCGUAGAUAGAUUUAUUCCCCCUCGCGCUUUCCCACGCUUGCUGCCCUUCUGCCUUUCAGAAGGGUUUAAGUGGUACCGCUGGUGCAGAGAGUAUACGGAAAUACCAUAGCAAGCAGUGCGCGGUGGAUCGUAAGUGUUGGAGUAGGAGGUGACUGAUUCAAUUGUUGAUAUUGUUGUUGGGAAAGAUGAGAAAGGCAGAAAGAUUCCAGAAUAUCUGAUCCAUUUUAACGGUUGGAACAGAAGCUGGGAUAGAUGGGCAGCUGAAGAUCAUGUUCUUCGUGAUACAGACGAAAACCGCAGAUUACAGCGUAAAUUGGCUCGGAAGGCUGUGGCUCGCAUGAGAAGAAAGGGAAGAAAGAAGAGACGUUGCAGGUUGCCUGGUGUUGACUCUGUGUUAAAAAGCCUUCCUGCUGAAGAAAAUGAUGAGAGCAGUGAAAACUCUAUAAGUAGUUCUUCUUCUGAUGACAGUGAUGAAGGAACAGAUGAAGAAAUAAAAAGUGAAGAAAGUGACAUAGACGAGAGGACAGAAAUGAAAGAAGAACAGGACACUCAUACAAAAAGGGACAUGGAAGAAAGAGCAAUAAGCAUAGAAAUUCCUGAAGUCUUGAAAAAGAAGCUUGAGGAAGACUGUUAUUAUAUUAACAGAAGAAAAAGGCUAGUGAAGCUUCCUUGUCAGACAAAUAUAAUAACCAUCCUGGAGUCCUAUGUGAAACAUUUUGCUAUUAAUGCCGCUUUUUCAGCCAAUGAAAGGUCUCGGCACCAUCAGAUGACUCCACAUGCUAAUAUGAAUCUUCAUUAUGUGCCACCAGAGAAGAAUGUUGAGUUAUGUAAAGAGAUGGUGGAUGGGCUGAGAAUAACCUUUGACUUCACACUUCCAUUAAUUUUGCUCUAUCCUUAUGAACAAGCUCAGUUUAAGAAGGUGACCUCAUCAAAGUUCUUUCUUCCUAUCAAAGAAAACUCAACAAAUACUAACAGAAAUCAGGAGGAGCUUUCCCCAAGUCCUCCUCUACUGAAUCCGCCCACGCCUCAGUCAACUGACAGCCAGCCCACCACAGGGGAGCCGGCCACGCCGAAAAGGCGGAAAGCUGAGCCUGAAAUCCUGCAGUCACUGAGACGUUCCACCCGCCACAGCUCCAACUGCGACAGGCUAUCGGAAAGCAGCGCUUCCCCACAGCCGAAGAGACGUCAUCUUGAGACCCCAGCUUCUAUGCCUAAGCUCUUCUUGCACCUGGAAAAAAAAACCCCUGUCCAUAGCGGGUCGUCUUCACCAAUAACUUUGACUCCUAGCAAAGAAGGGAGCACAGUUUUUACUGGCUUUGAAGGCAGAAGAAACAAUGAACUGAAUGAGGUUUUGUCCUGGAAAUUGAUGCCAGAGAAUUAUCCACCAAGUGAUCAACCACCACCUCCUUCAUAUAUCUAUGGAUCUCAACAUUUGCUGCGGAUGUUUGUAAAGCUACCAGAAAUAUUGGGGAAGAUGUGCUUUCCUGACAAAAACCUAAAGGCUUUAGUAAAACACUUCGAAAUGUUUCUGAGGUUUUUAGCAGAAUACCACGAUGAUUUCUUCCCAGAAUCUGCUUAUGUAGCUGCGUGUGAAGCCUACUACAGUACUAAAAAUCCUCGGGCAAUCUACUGAAGUUAUUAAUAAGGAUUAAAUCCUACUAUACAUAGACCAUGACAAUGCUAUUCUGCUACGUGGCUACAAGAUGAAGAUGAAAAAGGAGUUAAAACAACUUUUAGAGUUGAAGAAAUUGGAAAAUAUCUUCCGCGAUGGUUGGAUUACUUAGGAAUGGAGAACUACUUUUCAGAAAUGCGUGUAGACAGCAUUGUGAGUCACUUAGAGGAUUGGAUAUAAACCUGAUUCCAGAUGAAUGAAGAAGCCUUGUUCUGACUUCUAAUGCAUAGGACUUCACAGGACUAAUAAAGAGGAAAGGAGGCAAAAGCAGAGGCAUUAGCAACAGGACAUUUUCAUGAAGAUAGAUCAUCAUGCUGUCUCAUUUUAGCUCAGCCUCUCCUGCCUGAGAAAUAAGACUUGACUACACAUAAAGAGAACAUCUCUUUACAUAAAGAGAACAUUUAACUGGUGUCUUAUGAAUUGUUUUCCUCACAAAUUACACUUCAUUUUGUGGAACCCUCAUGAUAGAAAAGAUUGCUUAAUGUAAAGUUGGCUUUGCUAUUUGGCUAGCAUGGCAUCUGCCUCAAGAAUGACUUUGUUGCUUGAACGAAAGAUGUGUUGCUUACUUUGCGUUUUGCAAAGGUGAAUAUAGCCCUUUCAUGGUAAGACUGCCAGAUUUCCAAGCAGACCAUACAUUGCUGGGAAUUCAGCAUUUACUUGGCAAUAAAUGAUUUCCAGAGCCGUUAUGAGAGAACUGUUUUUCUACAAGUAAGUGGAGAAGUCAAUAAAGUCAUCGCAGUUUAACUGGCAAACUUCUUUUCUUAAUAAAGUUCACAGUGGCUGCUGUGUAAAUGUGUGAUUUUCACUGUCUAAAACAUCUUGGUUUUGCUUAAUUAGUAUUUUUGAGGGUGCUAAGUGUGCGAAUAAUGAGAAGUGGGAGCACUGACAACAUACGGAGAGAAGCCUUUUCUGUAUCAUUGGGUGUUCUUCUGCAGACUUGAAGGAUGUCUCUUUAGACAGUUUUAGACACUUUGGCUCUGGAAAUAGCAAUUCAGUGAGAACUGAGUUCCUAGAAAUCUGACAACACAUUCAGUAGAAAUUAAUUGAAACAUAAUUCUUGUCAUCAAAACCUCAUCCAUGACUUAGCAUGCUGGCCUUCAGAACACUCUGCUAUGUCGAGAUAGACACAGAUUUUGAAAGCACAGGGAGGAAAUAAGACUCUGGCUUACAGACCACUGCAUUAAUCACUCUGUAAUCCUUGGUUCAGAAAACUUCUAUUAGAAUGCUGUCUGUAAUGCAAAACUCAAGUUUCCUCACAGAUUUACAGAAACCAAUAAUAUGGAGAAAUCAUCUUUCAAAUGUAAAUGGCAAACUUAGUCUAAGGCCAAAGAAAACCUGAAAUCUGCUGUUGACAUGCAUUGUUGCUUUUCAGACGGCACUGCUGUGCUUUUGAAAAGAUAUGAAUUAGCUUAAUUCUAGCAGUUAAGGUUCUUUUUAGAGAAACUUCUAUGAAGAGUCUCUUAAACUCAAUGGUUGUUAAACCAAUGCUUGACAUAGACACAUGCAGAUUUGGUGAUUGUUAAUUCUAAAGAUUACUAUUUAGCAGUACUAUGUUUUAAAUGCAUUUCUGUUGUACCAAGAAGCCCCCACGUUUAAGCUUUCCUCAUUCUCAAGUGAGAAGUUUUGAAUCUCCAGCAGAAUCGAUAUAUGCCAAAAUCCACUUUGCCAACGUUUCAUUCUAGGUUUAAACAAUGUUUCUCUAAAAAGACAAUUCAACAGAGCACUAAUGACUCUCUGACAUGAGCUUAGUCUAGGAAUGCUGUCUGAAACUUCAUCCUUUAUCCUUUCUACUGCAGGAAUGUCAGUGUAUAAUAUGGCAGGUCUGGUUUUGUUCAAUUGUUGGUACAAGGCAAGUUAUGAACAGCAUUUAAACCUUAUUGUAUGACUCUGUUUAACCAUUAAAAUGGCAAUUUUUGCUUGUGGGUGUUGGGAAUACUGUUGGUAUUGCCUUGUUGAUACUUUGUGGUGAUGCUCAAAAGAUGUGAGGGGGGGAAAAUUCUGAAGGUUCAGUUAGUGUAGUCUUCACCUGAACAAACUUUGUCAUGAAAUUCUCUUGGAGCUGCUGUUGGAUAUAAUGUUACAAACUGUCUUGCUCUCAUAACAACCAGAAACUUUUCUCAGAAGUUGCACCUUUUUUGUGCUUCUUGACACUUCUAAUUGAUACAACUUUCCCAGACACUAUAUAUUUGAAUUAAAAAAAAUUAGGCUUACAUAUUCAAUUACAUAUUUGUAAUGUACAUCUUUGACAUCCCCCUUCUCUACUGUCACUCUUCCUUUACAGCAUUUGUGGUUUUAUACCUGAUUUAUUUAUUCUUAAGCUGCAGGAGUGGGAGAGACUUGGAGAAACUUUAACCAGAUUGAGUUAGAGGGAUAGUUGUUACUAGUCUUGAAAUACAUAGAGACUUACCCUAGUGUGGGCCCCAACAUUUUCUUGAAAUGUAGUGUUCAAGGGUUCUUGUGGCUGGAGGAACCUAAGUAGUGUAGUUAUACUGCUGGUGUGAAUCUGUAGCUCUUUGAAUGUCCUUGACUGAUCAGAUAUUUGAUGGGAUUCAUAUCCAUCUGAGAUGAUGAAAGAUGCACUUAACUGUUUGUUAUUCCCUGGUCACUCUUUGUAGAGCUACUCAUAUCAAUGUUUUCUAACCUGAUUCAGUCAAAAUGGCUUGGGUUAGCUGAAGGAAUGUGAAAACCUGACUGAAACAGGUUAGGGAGCCUUUAGGGAACAAGUCUGCUGGCAGACUUCAGAGACAGCCUCCUGCAGAGGAGGAGCUGAGCUGAGAAAGCAGGUUAAGGGACAGUGAUAGUUUGCACCAACGUCCCUGUUUGUACAAGUCACAUGUGCUCUGCUUCCAAAGGAAGAGGGGUUUGUUUGUGUAUUUAAGGGAAGUAUCCUAGUGUGAUUACAGUGCAUACUUAUACUGGUAAGUCUCUAUGCUGAAGGCAAAUCCUUCCACUUGCCUUCAGGAGUGGAGUGCUUCCACAGUGAGUGUGGUGUCAGGUUUUGGAUAUGACUAUUCUUGGGAAAAGGCAGAGGGGAGGAAUUGCAGCAUAAGUUUAAAAGCAGAUGAUGCAGCUGUUGUGGUGUGGAAAGAGUGCUGCUGUUUGUGUACCUGAGGUGCUUGGUCUGUGCUUACACCACUAACUUCAGUACCUGCUCUGACUUUGUCAGCAGGAAGGUGCCUGAGUAACUCGACAGUAGGCCACAGGACUGUGAAACUGCCCUUAUGUAAAGUGCUUUACCUAGACAGUAAAGAUUACCAAAGAAGAAUAAAUGAACAGAAUAUAACUUUAAUAUUCUUCUGCUUUAUUCUUGAUUUUAGGUUUGAUUUUGUACCUAUCAUGCUUAAAAAAAAAAAAGAAGAUACUGUUCUUUGAAGUGCACUAACUAGAGUUGCCAUGUUGCCUUUUGUUUUGCUACUGUGUUUUUCAAGCUCAGGCUUUCCUGCGGGGUCCUUUUCUGCUGAGAUGACCAAUGCAGAAGUGACAAAGUGCUAAUUUAAAGUAUAUUCCAUGUCCAAUUCUAAAAGCAAGCUUAUGCAGAUGUUAGGGUUUCCCUUGGCACUUGAUGUGGGCUUACAUCAUGUGUUGUCAGCUGUUUCGUUGGGAAUGUUUGAUGGGAGCUUGUCAAACAGUAGUAUAGGAUGACCUUGCUCUGAGUUAUGCCAAGAGGAAUGUUUGUAGUCAGAGGAAAUAAAAAACUGAUUGGAAAUAAAAAGCUGUUAAUGCUUUUCAUGUUUGUAUCAUAAAAAGUGUUAUCAAGACAUUUGGGAAAUACACUGGAGAGAUUGUUAUUGGAGUUAAGAUGUAUAUGUAUAUAUUAAAUCCUUCAUUUCUUGAAAAUGAUAGAUUUUCCCUGCUGGAGUCAUAAGCAUGUCUCCCAGAAAUUUGUAUACUGGGGUGGAAAUAAGCUUUUCAAGGCAGGGGGAAGGAAGGAACAUGUAUUAUCCUUAACCAAGCCAAGUCUCAAAUCAAGCCUUUGUUGUGGUAGUUAGCUGUAGAAAAGCACUAUGCUGACUGUUGGACAGAGGGUCUUGUUUUAACUUCUGGCCUGGUGCAUGUCUGAUUGUUUUUAACUUCUUGACCUAUGAACAGAGCUGGAGAGCAAGUUUGCACUUCAGAGCGCACAAAGUCUACUCUCUAAAUUCAGGGAUAAAAUGCCAAAUAGCAGCAGCAAAAGCAUACUUAGGCCAAAUGCAUAAAAUAUAUAUAUAUUUGUCCUGUGUGCUGUAGUAUCUUUGUGGUAUGAGGUCAUGGCAUUCAAUUGCAUGAACAAGUCAAGUUACCUGUUUAGUUUUCUAUGUAAAUACAUGAUAGUGUCAUGAGGUUCCCAGGAACAACAGUUGUAGAUGCCAUGUUACAUUUGCAGUGCAUUUGACUGUAAUUGGUACAACCUCGAUGCGUUUGCAUAGUCAGUUUUUUCACUUGCUUAUGAAACAGUGAAUUUGGAGGGAUUUUCAGCUUUCUAUGUAGUUGCAUCAUUUUUCUGUAUGAAAUUAGCGAAUACAGGUACUACACUUUUACAGUCAGAUGUAGAAACACAGUGCGGUGUUUCUGUCUCAGUUUUUAAUGGCUUUUACUUCAAUGACAACACCCCUCAUGCCGCAACUUCCAAACCAAAGUUUGGAGAAUAUAUUGCCUCGGGAAAACGUUAUCAGCAAUGACUGAGUAGCAGAUGUAGAUGCUUACUAAGAUCUAACUUAAUGCAUCCUCCCUAUUGCAUGCAUUAUGUAUUUCCCCCUUCCAACUCAUAUAGCAGAUGACUUUUUGCAUUAAGGCUAAAGAUUAUAGCAAGCUGAAUAAAAUCAGUGUAUUAUAAACUCGUGCUCAAAGAUGAAAAGAAGUCUGUUUUAAAAAAGAAAGUGUGAAGGGCGAAUGAAGUACACAUUGUUCCUUCUGUCGGCUGAGAGUGGUUGCUCCUGUCAUGUGAGCUGGGCAAUAUUUUGAAGAGAAUGAACAAAUCUCAGAUGCAAAUUGAUAAAUCCUAGCACUAAUACAGACCUUUAAAAAUGCCUUCUAAGGAAUGGAGUAAUUUCUCUGCCAUUUCAUUGCUAGAAAUGGCAGAAAGUUUUGAUUGAGAAGGGCUUUUUCUCUUCUCGAUACAAGACAUUGUAUGUACUUCUGGGGAGAGCAACCCAGGUAUUAAAGUGUUGAAUCAUACAAUAUGUUUAUGGGGAUAUUUCAGUGUGAUGCCAGAAAACAAA